AUGAACCAGCAGCCCGGCGAGGCACUACAGCUGAGAGGAGGAGGAGGCGGCGGCGGCUCUCCUUUCAACUUUACCUCCUCAUCGUCAGCCGACCCCCUCUCCCCCCAGCCCUUGCCCUCCCCUUCGCCCCCCUUCAGUAGUACGCCUGCAGCAAGCGCAUACGCUUACUCGAGUUGUCCAGCAAAGAUGAAAGUCGAUGACCUCGUCGCCAUGUCGGGGGCGGCGCCCCCCGAGACGAACCUGAUGCCCACCCCGCAGUCAGUGGAGGAGCUCACCAGGAUCUACUACGAGAUCUACGCCCCUGGCCUCUGCCAUUUCUUCGAGUCCCGCUGGUUCAACUUCAAGACCGAGGGCCACAACCCCGUCUCCAUACUUCUGCACAACAGGCCGCUCAUCUCCCUAUUGGGCAGCUUCCUCGUCUCCCUCCACACCGUCAACGCGGACCCCGUCCAUACCGCCUUCUGUAGCCACAUCGAAACCCGUGUCGUCUGGGCCCUGACGAAGCUGGCCUAUACCACCCAGCUCGGCGCCAACACGCCGCGCGACGAUCCCCUGCCUGAUGACAACGCCAGCGAGGCCAGGAAUCGCGUCUGCGUCGUCGAGACCCUCCUCGAGGGCGAGGAUCUGACGACCAACCCUCUGUUGCCGCCUCCUAGGAAUGCUGACCCGCAGCGGCGUAAAGAGUACGACUUUUGGUAUUCUCUGGCUGAAUCCCUGCGCUUGCCCGACCGCGCUGAUCGGCACCAGCUCCUGCAGAGGAUGCGCAUGCUGCUAGACGGCCGCGAGAACCGCGACCUGCUGUAUUCGCUCGCAAUCAUCCGCCAUCUCGCCCCUGAAUACGAAACGGGCUGGGAGGAUAGGGUGCCGGACCAUCUGAACGAGAAGGACCCUCUGAACCAGCUCCACGUGGCCAUCCAAUUCGUCAAGGCAGAGAGCUCGCCGACCGGUGGUACCACCAACGUCGUGCGACAUUUUGCACACCUGGCCAUCAAAGCCCUCAUCAACCCUGGAGUGAACCUCUCCAAGAAAGCCUAG